AUGCUCACACUUCACAAGCAGCGAGAUCGUCGUGUAACGAAGUUGAGAGCGUUGAGACGAACGGUAGCGCUCGAAGAGAAUCCUGCCGCCUCACAGUGGCUCGAAUGUCGGUCGCUGCACAUUAGAGUCAUCCGUCCGGAGACGACAGCAUUUCAUCCACGCCAGCAAAGCAUUAUCCUCGCGAGAUCAACAUCCGCACCCGGCGAAUAG